ACAUAUUUCAUGCAUUCCGCGUGCUCAUCUGUCAACACUCCCCCUCAUUCAUCUUCUUCCAUCCUUCCACCACUCUCAUUUCUCCCACUGCCUUCCAACACUCCUUGAUCCACCCUCGUUCAUCAUCAUGCGCUUCUCCAAGUCCUCCGCCGCCGCUCUGGCGCUGUCCCUCCCUGCCGCCCUCGCACAAACAUCCACAACAUGCAACCCCCUCGACACCACCUGCCCCAACAACCCGGGUCUGUUGGCCACCUCGUUCAGCUCCAACUUCCUCGAGGGCAAGAGCGCAAUGUCACAAUGGACCGCGGCGGCCGGCACCACGCUCGACUUUGACAGCAACGGUGCGGCAUUCAGCAUCGACGCCGCCGGCCAGGCCCCGACCAUCGCCACCAACUUCUACAUCUUCUUCGGCGUCAUCACCGUCAAGAUGCAGGCCGCCCCGGGCGCCGGCAUCGUCAGCUCCGUCGUGCUGCUGAGCGACGACCUGGACGAGAUCGAUUGGGAGUGGCUGGGCGGCAACACCACCACCGUCGAGACCAACUUCUUCGGCAAGGGCAACACCACCCUCUACGACCGUGCAACCUACCAAGACGUCGCCUCGCCGCAGACGCAGAGCCAUACCUACACCAUCGACUGGAACGCCGACCGCAUCGAGUGGAUCAUCGACGGCACCACCGUCCGCACCGUCACCGCCGACAACUCCCUCACCCUCUACGGCAAAAACUACCCGCAAACCCCCAUGCAGCUCAAGCUGGGCAACUGGUGCGGAGGCUGCAGCGGCGAGCCCCAGGGCACGGUCGAAUGGUCCGGCGGCCCCACCACCUUCAACGAUGCGCCGUACGUCAUGUACGUGGAGUCGGUGGACAUUCAAAACUCCAACCCCGCCAGCGCCUACCAGUGGAUGGGCAACUCGGGUUCGUGGCAGAGCAUCAAGGUCAUCAAGAACGGCACUGUCAGCGGCGGCAACGGAGGCGGCUCCUCCAGCAACAGCACCUCCAGCUCGAGCCCCACAUCCACUGCUCACGGCAAUGGCAACCACACGAUGAAGCACGGGACGGCGACCAGCAUGAUGCACACCGUGCAGUCCACCAGCUACGUGACUGCCCUCUCCUCCGCCACCGCUGCCACCGCGACGGCUGCUUCCGCCUCUUCAACCCCCAGCUCUGGCUCCGGCUCCAGCGGAACCAGCGCCGCCCCUGGCCUCGUCAAUGCCGCUACUUCCCUUGUCAUGCUCAGCGGCACCACCAUGGUCGGCCUGCUGGCCGGCUUCUUGCUGUUGUAAGCAGAUCAUUUGUACGAUAAUCGACUUAGCAUUGCAUUUGCAUUUGGUGUUUUCAAUACCCUUGGGGGUGGUAGACAGCUCUGGUAGCCAGAACCAAACAAUUCCGUUUAAU